AUGAAUCCUAAUGAUGAACAAUAAAGACUAUACUAAAUGUUCUAAUAAAUGGCAGGUCCUGAUCCAUAUGGAAGAAUGCUUCAGAUACCAAAUUCUCCUUAUUAUCCAUGCUGGGGACCCCCAUUUCCUUAACCAAUUAUGGCACCACCUCCUAAUCAAAAAUUCUAAUUUCCUGAACAGUUCCCACAUGACUAAGCACUUUAGAUGAAUUAACUUCCCUCCAAUUAAAAUGGAUUAAACCUAAAUGGCAUCACAUAAGGUUUAUAAAACAUGCCACCAAUGCCUAUGGGUUUACCACCAGGCUUUGGGAUGCCUCCAUUAGGUCCUGGGUAAAUACCAUAAGGACCUUUGGGAGCUGGAUCUAUGGGACCUCCUCCAAUGAGUGGAAUGAAUGGAAUGGGACCAGGUACUAUGCAAUUACCUGGGAUGGGACCAAUGCCAUAAGGACCACUUGGUUAAAUGCCACCUUUUGACUUUUAAUUCAAACAAUAGUCUCCAUUACAACCGCCUAUGAAUCCAAAUUAAGUUUUGCCACCCCAAUAGCAACCAUAAUAAUAACAACAUUUACCAUAAUAACACCAAUUACAAUAAUAACAAUAAGGUCUUUUAUAAUAACCAUAGUAAUAACCUUAAGGAUAAUCAAAUUAACCCAAUAAUAAUGCAGUUCAAUAAAAUUUGGAAUAAGGUAACUAUAAAUGUAUGUAUAAAUAGGAUUCUCAUAAGUAGUGAAUGAAUUUUAACUUAAAAUUUUAAAUAUGUUUGUUAUGUAAAAUUAAAUGUUGUUGGAUUUUAAGAAUAAAAAUGCAAAUUUGGAAAAUACUAUUACAUAAAUCUUAGAUGAAAUAACAAAUCUAUAAAAAAUUGUUGAAUAAAAAUUUGAUAAUAUUUAAGCAGAUGAUUUUAUGAGUAGAUGUAAAUGAAAUUUUUUUAUCUUUAGUAUCAAUACCAAAUUAAGAAAUGACAUAAAACAAUAUUUUAUUGAAGUCGUUAUAAUGCAACUAAAAUGAUUUUAAAUAUUAAUUAGUGUUAACUAAUGAUUUAGAAUAGCCAUUAUUCAAAGAUAAAAAUUUUAAUUUAGACAUAGCUCUUAAAGAUAUGAAAGGAAUAAAUAUUAAAAAUCAUAAUAAAAUAGAAUUGGAAGUUUAAUUAUAUUCUUCAGAUGACAAGCCUGUACUUUUAAUUUCAAAUUCUUAAAAUUAAGCUAUUUUGAGAUAACCUGAAGACAAUAUAUGGUUGGAAGAAGGCAUAUCAAAUAUUGAGAAACUAUAAAUAAAUGAAGUAACUUCUCAUUAUUAGAAUGGUUGGAUAUAUUUAGUUGUUUAUCCAAUAAAAAAUGAUAAUAAGAAUGUAUAAAAUGAGAUUAAUUCUGCUUAAAUAAAACCGUUGAUAUAUAAAGUCAGUGUAAAAUCAAAGAAAACUUAGAAAAAGUAUUUAGUAAAAAUAAAUUAGGUCAUCUCGUUCUAGAUCGAGAUCUCAUGAAAGAUUACGUAGACUAGAAAAGUUAGAUAAUAAGUCAAGUUCAGAGUCUGAAAAUCAUAUUUAAUUAGAAAUCAAAAAUCUUGAUGAUAAUGAUGAGAUUUAAUAAGAAAAAGAUAAUGAUAUUAAUAAAGAAUAGAUAGAACAAAAAGAUUAAUAGUAAAAUGAUGAAUAAAAGAAGGAUGAGGUAUAUUAAAAUAAUGAAUCUGAGAUUUGA